AUGUUCAGAAUGAACUACAAAAACAGCGCUUUUCUUAAUCUCACAUUUGGGCACAGCUUGUCCUCAACAAAAUGGCGAAAAGUUUCAACAUAUAUGUUGGAAAAGUUGCUAGAACCCCAGAACAAUAUAUUACCUGAAGCAAAAAUUUAUUUUGUGAAGCGACAUGCUAAACCACCAUCUAAUGCAACCGAACUUUCGUCACAGAGGGUAUUGAUAUCAGUUCAACCUCAACCUCAGACUUUAAGAAGCAUUCAUAUUGCUAUACCUACAAAUAUUUAUAAACAACAACAAGUUGAAUUAGCUUCUUUACAUGAUGUUGUUAAAAAACAAUAA